AUUCUAGGCUAGAAAAUGUUGGUAUUGUUUGAGACCCCUGCUGGCCUGUCACUCUUCAAGGUGCUUGAUGAGAAGAAGAUAACUGAGUCUACCGACUUUGCCAAAGAUUUUGAGACUCCAGAAGGAGCCAGCAAGAUAGUGAAGCUGAAAGCGUUCAAGAAGUUUAAAGACAACACUGAUGCUCUGGCUGCCGCUACUGGAUUCAUUGAAGGUAAAAUUGGUAAAGGACUGAAGAAGUUCCUUAAGAAGGUUGUUAUAGAUGGCGGGUUACAGGAACAGAUUGCAGUUCAGGACGCUACUCUCGGCAAAGCCAUCAAGGACUCCCUAGACUUGCCAUGUGUAACGAGUUCAGCCAUCAGCGAGUUAUACAGAGGUAUCAGACAACAAGCCCCUAGUCUACUGGGAAUCUCAGAGGAGAACAUGGGACUUAUGUCACUCGGUCUAGCUCACAGUCUCUCAAGAUAUAAACUCAAGUUCAGCCCGGACAAAGUCGACACCAUGAUCAUUCAAGCUAUUUCAUUGUUGGAUGACAUUGACAAGGAGCUCAACAACUACAUAAUGAGAUGCCGAGAAUGGUACGGAUGGCAUUUCCCCGAACUAACCAAGAUUAUUACCGACAAUUUGGUGUACGCUAAAGUUGUUCAGGCUCUUGGUGAAAGAACGAACGCAACCGGUUUAGAUCUCUCCGAGUUUGUAACAGAAGAAAUAGAAAUAGAAAUAAAGAAAACAUCAGAAAUUUCCAUGGGAACGGAGAUCUCAGAAGAAGACAUAAUGAACAUCCAAUAUCUGUGCACACAGAUCACCACGAUAACAGACUACAGGAGUCAGUUGUACGAAUAUCUGAAGAACAGGAUGAACGCCAUCGCCCCCAAUCUCACCAUAUUGGUGGGAGAGCUGGUAGGUGCUAGACUCAUAGCUCACGCUGGAUCUCUCAUCAACCUUGCCAAGUACCCAUCUUCUACUGUUCAGAUUCUGGGAGCCGAGAAAGCUUUGUUCAGAGCUUUGAAGACGAAGCACGAUACCCCUAAAUACGGUUUGAUCUACCAUGCCAGUCUUAUUGGACAAUCUCAGCCUAAACACAAGGGAAAGAUCUCCAGAAUGCUGGCCGCCAAAGCAUCUCUAGCAAUCAGAUACGACGCUCUCGGAGAGGGAGAAUCCAAUACUGAGCUCGCAUUUGCUAACCGAGGAAAGAUUGAAAACAGGCUGAAACAGCUCGAGAAACAGCAGUUGAAACGACAGAGCGGUGGAGGUAGCUUCAGAAAACAAUUCAAGAGCUAUGAAAAUGAGACUCCAGUUCAAAAAUACAACACAGACGUAGACGUUCAACUAGGAAAACGAAAGAAAGAAUCAGCAGAAGAAGAGACCGUUAAGAAGCCCAAGAUAGAAGUGGUCGCGACUAACGGCAACGGAACAACUGAAGAGGCGUCUAAAAAGACCAAAAAGUCUAAAACCAAUAAGGGAAAAAACAAAAAAUUGAAGAAAAAAACAUUGCAGGGUUUAAAGUCAAGGGAGAAAGGAAUCAAGAAAAAAAAACCUGUGAACGGAGCAGCAGUUGAAGGCGAGAAAAAGAAGAAGAAGAAGAAGAAGGCUAAGGAAGAAACAGAAUCAACCACAGACACCUCAACUGUCGAAAAGAAGAAGAAAAAGAAGAAAAUCAAAACUGAGGUGGCUGAAGCCUGAUAAUAUCAUCGAACUUUUAAAACCAUUUUUAGCCAAAACGCUUUGAUCUUGAGUUGAAUUUUUAUUUUAUCACGAACUAAAUUAUCAUCAUCAAUUUAUUGAGGGUUAUAAUAUUUUAUCUAAUUUAUUGAAAAUAUCUGUUGUCAAGUAAAACGAAUGACCCAGUGAUUUCUCAUUGAGAAUGCAGUUUUAAUUUAUUCUUAA